AUGUCUACUUCCCAUUGCAGAUUUUAUGAAAACAAAUACCCAGAAAUUGACGACAUUGUCAUGGUUAACGUCCAGCAGAUCGCUGAAAUGGGUGCUUAUGUUAAAUUGUUGGAAUAUGAUAACAUCGAAGGUAUGAUCCUACUGAGUGAAUUGUCCCGUAGACGUAUUAGAUCAAUCCAAAAAUUGAUCCGUGUUGGUAAAAAUGAUGUCGCCGUCGUCCUUCGUGUUGACAAAGAAAAGGGUUAUAUUGAUUUGUCCAAACGUCGUGUUUCUUCCGAGGACAUCAUUAAAUGCGAAGAAAAAUACCAAAAAUCCAAGACUGUUCAUUCCAUUUUAAGAUACUGCGCUGAAAAAUUCCAAAUUCCUUUGGAAGAACUAUAUAAGACCAUUGCUUGGCCAUUAAGUCGAAAAUUUGGUCACGCUUACGAAGCUUUCAAACUAUCCAUUAUUGACGAAACUGUCUGGGAAGGUAUUGAACCGCCAUCAAAAGAUGUUUUAGAUGAAUUAAAGAACUAUAUCUCCAAGAGAUUAACACCACAAGCUGUCAAGAUUAGAGCCGAUGUCGAAGUGUCUUGUUUCAGUUACGAAGGUAUUGAUGCCAUCAAAGACGCCUUGAAAUCAGCUGAAGAUAUGUCCACAGAACAAAUGCAAGUUAAAGUUAAAUUAGUCGCCGCCCCAUUGUAUGUUCUAACCACUCAAGCCUUAGAUAAGCAAAAGGGUAUUGAACAAUUGGAAAGCGCCAUUGAAAAAAUUACUGAAGUUAUUACCAAAUAUGGCGGUGUUUGUAACAUUACUAUGCCACCAAAGGCUGUCACUGCUACUGAAGACGCAGAAUUACAAGCUUUAUUGGAAAGCAAAGAAUUAGAUAAUAGAUCUGACUCUGAAGACGAUGAGGAUGAGUCAGACGACGAGUAA